AUGCAGGAGUUGAUGCCCAUCCUGUACGACGCCGGUGAGUCGAUUCAAUUGAUCUUUAUGAUCAUAGCAGAGGUCUUCUUUAUUUCAAUAAUGGCAUUGAUCCUCUCCACCUUGUAUGAGAAAGAGUACCAACUCGCUGCAGCCUCUUUGGAGCUCGAAGAGAAGGUGGAAGAAGUGAAGCAGGCGGAGCGGAGCGGCGUAGCGGCGCAACGACUGCUGGCUGUCACUUGUGAUGCUUCUGCGCGGCUCACUGGAGACCUGAGGGUCGCGCAACCUUCUCCGAGCCUAUCAGACUUGCUGAUGUGCGGCUUCGGUAGAAACUCUGGAUGCAAUCACUUAGAAGGGGUUCCAUUUAUGCGCUAUGUGGAUGCCUCUGACCAGCAACGCUUAAAGGAAUUUGUGGAGGAGUCAGCCAAAGCGAUUGCACCACCCAGGUCGAUUCAUCUCCAAAUGAGAGACUCGGGGGGGAUCUCCUUCAAUGCAGAGCUCUUCCACGUGUCUGUACCCAGUUUGACUUCCGAAGACUAUGAGCACCUCAUUGGCAUCAAUCAGGAGAAUAGCGAGCGUGCACUGCACCAAGCAGAUGAGCAACCAGGCGUUGAGAAUAUUCAGUCCCUGCCCUCCGAUAUGCGUCACAUUCUUGGCUACAAAUUGCCUCAGACGCGAAGAGCAGAGCAGCCUAGUCUCAACCGUUCGUCUUCAGAGAGUGAUGGAAGGACUCGUAGCUCCCAAGAGGCCAGCAGCAAGACGAACAACCUGGUCCGCCUUCGUAUGCUGAAGAAUGUCAACUUUGUGGUGGACGUCAGAUCUGAUGACUUCGUGAUCUACUCUGUCCACUUGGAUUUUGCACAGACGCACAAAUGUCCCAUGGAGGCAAUGCCAAAGCUUCUUGAAUGGGUCAAGCCCAACUACAGGUCAGUGGUCAACAACUGGGUGCAAGAACAAGCCAAUGCCCAUUAUGCUAGUGCUGAUAGUGGCAGGGCGAAGAAGGAGCACCAGAAUUCACUCCGUGGUAUCAAGAUCAUUUCUCCGAUGCAAUCAGCGAGGACACUCCUUGCAGGAGAAGUCACCUCUGCUGGGUUUCAUGAACCCGUUGAGGGUGACGCAGCCGAUGGUCGCUCAGAUGUUCCAGGCAGCGACACCACAAGCUCAGGUAAACUGCUCAUGAGCAUAAAAAUGCGUCAUUUGUUUGCUCAUUGA